CUCGUGUUGUGAUUGGCCAAAUAUUAUCAGCUGGUUAAUCUCAAGGUUGUUUGUUAUUACUACAAUUGGUUGAAUAUAGUGUAUAAAGUACCUAGUUUGAGGCGGGCUUACGAUAUUCGAGUUUUUGAAAGCUUCGCGUGGUGCAUAUGCCUAACUUCGGCAUCGUCAAAAACACUGAAUUAAUGAACACGAGUGACCUUUCGAGUGAUACUCCAGUUACCCGUCUAUCAAAAAUUUUGUCAAAGGCCAACUUUCUUGAAGUAUCUAAGACGAAAACAGCACCAAAACUUCACCAAAUAUCAGAAAUAAUACCUCCAGACAUAGAUGAAAGUGCGAAUCAAGAGCCGCCUACAACAUCAGUAUGGUCUGAAGCCCCCGAAUUUUUUGUUCGCGAAAACUCCAACAGUUGCUCCUCCGGUUAUUAUAGUGGUGCUACAACUCAUUCCGCUCCGGCAUCAUCUAUUUGUGAACGUGUAAGUAGACAUAUUUUAAGUUUAUCUUGAAGAAAUUCCAGUUCUAUGAAAUAAAUGCGGAUCAUGAUCCUCCUAUUUCACUAAUCCGAAGCGUCUUUGAAACUACUGAGUCAGCGGCUCCAGGUGACAACACCCUCCGGAGAGCUCAUUCUUGUUCUAGCAGAGGAUGGUUGGCCAAAAGACAUAUCCGACAACAAUGGCCUCGCAUUUCUGGUAUAUCUCGAGAGAGAGAUACAUCCUUGGUGAGAGUUGCAAAUACAGAUACGAAUUCAUGUCCUGCUGCCAUAACCCAUGAUAAUAAUCCGUGCAAUUUGAGACGCUAUUCUCUUCCGCCUGUAGGUGAAUCGGGUUCAGGAAGCACCUCAGAAGCCUCACCCCCUAGAGAUCAUUUAGUUAGCUUUCUUACGUCAGCUAAAAGUCCUAGUCCUGAAAAAAGAAUGGAAUGUUCAAGUUCUUUGCUUCAUCCUAUACCUAAAAAGCAACGCAUAGAAUCACCAAAAGAAACUGAUUGUAACUCUACGAUACCCACAGAGGAGUUAAAUGAAAAUUCAGAACAUGAUAAUAUUGGAUCUUUAUUUUCUAAUCCAAAUGGUGGUCCGAAACCAUUUUUUGAACUCCUGCGUCAUCAUUCGACUCCUAUGCCAUCUUCAUAUUCAUACAAACAUUGCCCAAGUUCUCCUGUGGAGGUAUUCAACGAUGAAAAUAUCAAUAGACCUAAACUUUCAAGAUGUCUUUCCGAAACGCAUUCUGUUUCUUACGAUGCGAUUGCACGUUGUAUUGGCUCUUUGAGCAGUCACAGCUUGUGUAGUGAUGGUAGACGGGCGCGUGCAUUACCUGUCGUAGAUAGGACUGGUUCCGGUCUACACUGCGUGUCUACAGAUACGGUCGGUGAUCUAAUAUCUGGCUCCAAGCGUAAUAUCAAUUAUGUCAUUGUUGAUUGCCGCUUCCCUUAUGAAUAUGAGGGAGGACACAUUAAAGGAGCAAUUAACAUUUUUACUCACAGUGAUCUAGUUCAAGAGAUAUUUAAUCGUGUCCCUGCUCAAAGACCUCCUGGUACAUCUGGACCUCCACGAUUUCUUGGAGAAGAUUUAGCACGAAGAUUAGCCACUACACAGCGGGAGCCACUUUCUGCUCCUUGCGAAUUAAUAUCUGACGAUGAAGAUGAAGAUGAAUUUCCUGAAAAUACAACUUCGGAGAUUUCUGAUUCGGAUCUUGCAUAUGCGAACGAUGAAGUUAUUUUAGAAAAGAAUAUUCAUAAUGAUAGCCCAAAAUCAGAACCAGAUCUUAGUUAUGUUAGCAGUGGUUUAUCAAAUAUUAGUGAAUCAAGCAACCAAGAUCCUCCGUUCGUUGUGAUAUUCCAUUGCGAAUUUUCUUCUCAACGAGCUCCAGCAUUGGCUGCAUUUCUUCGGAGCGUCGAUCGUGUUUCAAAUUACCAUCGUUAUCCAUUUCUUUAUUUUCCGGAAAUUUAUAUAAUGAAAGGUGGAUAUUCUGCAUUUUACCGAAAAUUCCCACAUUUAUGUACUCCGCAAGAAUACGUUAAAAUGUUCCACCGGGAUUACCGGAAUCACUUACGUUUGUAUAAACGUCUUACUCGUCGUGUCAGUUCAGCCUGUAUGGCAUGUAUAAAACCUCAACAAAAUGAAGUUGAUAAAUCCCAAAUACCUGUUUCCGAGGUUGAUAGUUAUUGUCAACUUCCGUUGAAUCUAAAGGUUGGUGUACAUGACAUGUUUACAACACAUGAACCACCAACUUACCAAUUUCGAUCCAAUCGUGAACUGCCUAUGCAUGAGGAUAAUUCCAUCUCUGAUCUUGUCAAUUAUGAAAACAAAGAAAACUACUCACCUUCCGGUUCUGAACUGUAUAGCAAAUCUCAAACUCACCGCUCCUGUUCAGCCGAUAAUGUGAAUGAAGAACCCAAACAUGCUAUGCUUUCUCCUAAUGUUGAAGGUUGUAACCAAGUGUCAUCAAGUGUGGUCGACAGUCCUCUUGGUUUGGCAGAAGUUGUUGUAAGAGUCGGUCGUCGUGUGAUAGCAGCAACAUUGGGUAGUACCAAUAAUAACUGUUCUGAGGUUGCUCGUGCUUUAGAUCGAAUAAAGUAUCACAAUCCACCUCAAAUUAUUCAACCACUUGAAGGGAAACCACCUAUACGUUGUCUUAAGCGUUCACUUACCACUAAUUCAUUGGAUAUUCGUCAUCAAUUAAUUCGCCCAAAAGUUUUUAAUCCAUUUUGUGGUGGCAAUAGUUAUUCACAAAAUACACCUUCAAUAAGAAGAGUUCGAACAAAUUCUAACACUGAUUUAUUGUCUAUUGAUAAUACCGUGAAUAGUAUUCUGGCACCAACAUCAUCCACUACCUCAAAUCAAAUCCACCAAGUUCAAUCCUCUCCACAAAAAGAACAAUUGUCAUACCAUAGUCUUUCUACAUGUAGUGAAUAAGUGUAUAAUACAUUACUUGUUUUUAUUUUAACGAACUUAUGUAGUUAUAAUCAUCCUUAUUUACAAAUCAAUCCGUAUUCAUUCUGUACAUAGAUGUAUAGUUUGUGUGUACAUACAUGUAUAUUCUGUUAAUUUUUGUCGAACAAUAAAAUUACGUUUCAGAACAAUAUCCUCUUAACUACCCAUUCAUUUACAACCUGAUAUUCACAAUUCUCUCUUAUAUUUUGUUAUGUAUAGCUUUUGUUCUAUUCAGUUUAAAUAUUUCUAGUUAGUUUCACUAGGUUGCAGCAGUUUGAUAAUGGUUUUUAAAAAAAGCGAUUAUCGCUGCUGUUGGAAUCUAGUGAUCAUUUGUGCUUUGUGACAUUAUUACUGUCUGAGUUCCUCUCGGUUAAUGUUUUUUCCUCGCUAUUCGUUUCAGCUUAUGUUCUCCCGACAUUUCGCUGGCGUGUUAUUUAUUUUGCUUUGUGUUUUUGUUAUGUCUCUUCUUUCUGCAAUCACGUUUAUGUUAAUAUGUUUUUGAAAAAUGUUAAAACUUGAGCUGAUUCGUUUUAUCACCGAACCCAUAUUUUCAGGCAGUCGAUGAAAGUAUGCUUUUGGUAAUGAAAUUUUGCGAAGAUCAAUUACUACAAAUAUAAACCUGAACUUGAU